AUGACUGAAAGUUGCACACUAUUUACGGUAUGGAUCAUCUCUCACUUUCCUCACAUAUCCAGAUGGCCGUCUGAGAUGGAGUACAAUGAGGAUUGGCCCCGUGCUUGUGCCUUUGCCCCAUAUAGAGGGAAUACGACGAUAGAGCCAUACAGGGUGUUUAUUGACCGAACUGUAGCAUAUUACAUUUUCUUUUGCUCGUACGAUGGCCACCGCCAGACACGUCCAUUGGACGAUAUAGCCUUCUACUCUGGAUGGUUGGCUUCUGGGUCGCGCCUGAUGUAUCCACAUCUGUCUGAGCGGGCCAUGCGCCAGUUUGGGUUACAACAAAUGAUUCCAAGAAACCCCUUUACGUCUGCUCCUUUGACAAUCUGCCAUAGAGAUCUUGAUGUCAUACUAGAUGAUUUCUAUAGUCAUCUGAUACUAGAGAAGGAACACAGUGUGCCAGCGGGUGACCCAUGGGCUUAUGAACAUGGCUACAUCCAAUGGUUCUAUCAAGUGCCACAUCCUUACAUGAUAUCAAAUGUUGCGGGAGCACUACCUAGACCUGCCCAUCAAGAGAUAUUAGAAGAGGUGCGGGCUUGGGAUGACCACACAGUGGACCUGUUGUCGUUGUAUCGUGAUAACAUUUGA